AAACCGUCAUUCUGUAGUUUGUUAGACUAACCACUGCAGGGAUUGUGGAAUCAGAGGUUUUACUUGUUCAUUUUAGUGACGAAACAAACCAGUCAUGGGACAGUUCCUCUCCCUCCUCCCACUGCAGCCUCAGAAACUCUCAGUCAUGUUUGGGACUGACUCCUCCUCUCGUCUGGUUUAACUUUGGAAUCUGAACUCGCCCUGUCAUGUUUAACCCUCAGCCCUCCCUUCCUUUGGGUUUUGUUUCCAAGCUGCUGCUGCUGCGUCAUGUUUAACACUCAGGCCCUCCCACUGUUCCUGCUGAAGCUGCUGCAUCAUGUUUAGCUCUGGUUUCAUGACUCUCAGUUCCUGUUGGCAAUGAAAGGGCGAGAGGGAGGAGACAAGUGAAGCAGAGUAUAAAAGAGGGAGAAGACAGAAAGCACAACAAACUGCACGGCACAUCCUGAGGGACGAGGGGGGACAAAGAACAAACUUCCAAACUACCAGGACUUUAUCACAACUGGACCACAAUGGAAACAGAGAAGAAGAUGACAGCAGAACAGAUGACUGACAGGGACCUGUCUGAACAAAUCAAAAAGGUCACAAAGGACAGUCACGUCAGAGCAGAAAACACAAAAAUGAUGCUGAGCUUUCAGCGGGGACAAGUCACACUUCCUCAAUACAAGCUCCUCCUGUGCUCUCUGUAUGAGAUCUAUCAGGCCUUAGAGGAAGCGCUGGACAGGAACUCCAACCAUCCUGCUGUGGCUCCCAUCUACUUCCCCGCAGAGCUGGCCAGGCUGCAGUCCAUCGAGAAGGACCUGGAGUUCUUCUACGGCCCGGACUGGAGAGAGAAACUUGUUGUUCCUGCUGCCACAGAAAGAUACUGCCACAGACUCAGACAGAUCGGCAAAGAAAACCCAGAGUUCCUGCUCGCCCACGCUUACACCCGGUACCUCGGCGACCUGUCUGGAGGGCAGGUCCUCGGUCGAAUCGCCCAGAAGUCCAUGGGGCUGAAAAGCGACGAGGGUCUGACUUUCUUCGCCUUCCCCGGAGUCUCCAGCCCCAACCUAUUCAAGCAGCUGUACCGCAGCCGCAUGAACAGCGUGGAGCUGACGGAGGAGGAGAUGAACGGUGUGCUGGAGGAGGCUGUCAGGGCCUUCGAGUUUAACAUCCAGGUGUUUGACGACUUAGAGAAGAUGCUGAGCGUUCCUGAAAAUAAGCAGCAGCGUUCUUCAGGCUCCAAAUCGGUCCAGGAUAGAACACUCCAAAUCCCAGCAGGCAUUUCUCCUCUGCUCAGGAUGGUUCUGGGACUCUUUGUUGCUCUGAUUACUGUCACCAUGGGAAUCUAUGUACUGUAGAAACAAUACUAAAUGCAGUUUUUUGUGCUUUUCAUUCAUUUCACUUCAGGACCGUAUGAUGCAAGAGUGUUAAACUCUCAUUGGAACUGUAAAAUAUAUCAAAAAUAGAUACUCUUGUGAUAACUGUGCAACUUAAAACUUCUGCUGUUUACAUUAGAUGAAUCUGUUUCCCCACACAGACAUGCAGAGGGCAUUAAAAUGUGCAAUAUUUUAAAUACUGUAAAUAUGUAAUUUUUUAAAUAAAUGUUUUUACUAAAAAAAAUCCCAA